UACUCCUCUCUCUCUUGUGUUGGGUCCCUCUCUCUUCAGAACCCAAACUUGGCCUCAUUAUUAAACUGCCUCAUUAUUAAACCUUCUCUGCCAAGCAAUCUCUCCCUCACUUCUCUUCAUUAGCGUCCCCUUCCCUGCUUUCCUCUGUUUUCCCCUGCUUUCCUCUGUCGCGUGUUUUUUUUUCUUGGGGGGCUAUUUCUUUUCAUGGCUGAACAGCUGGACGACGCUGAGUUUUGGCUUCCGGCCAAGUUUUUAACGGAUGAUGAUAUUGUUAUGGAGAAAGAGAACCUUAAGAACAAAAACGGUGGCAACAACACCGAGUUGUUGAUACCGAGUCAUGGUUUCCCGACUGAGUUCCCCUAUGAGUUCGACUCGUUUGAUUCCUCCUCUGCUCUAAGCUCUCCUGUCGAAUCCGUUGUUGGGUCUACCGAGACUGAGAGCGGUGACGAGGAUGAGUUCCUUGCUGGGUUGACUCGCCGACUUGCUCACUCAACGAGUCAGAAAUUCACUGUUCCUGUCCUUUCCCUGGACAAAACCGAGAAAAGUGGAGUCUUGGCGAGUUCACCACAGUCGACUCUGAGUGGACUCGGAAGCUGGUCAACUUCAAGCAAUGGCAGCCCGAAUGGCCCUUCUCAAGUUCCUUCCCCUCCAACAACUCCUUUUGGUGCUCAAAAUGACACUUGGGAUCUCAUAUAUGCCGCAGCUGGCCAAGUUGCAAGGCUGAAAAUGAGCAAUGAAGCACCUAAAUACACCAGCUUCAACUAUGGAAGAGGCCUCCCCAAGGCCCAAAGUCAUGCCGUCAUGAGGAACUCGAGCUCUGGGCUGUAUCCAAGUCAGGGUCUUUCUUAUAAUCUUGCUCAAACAAAUCAGUAUCAUGGAAGGCAGGAACAAGUGUUAAAACCUCAGUGCGGUGCUGUUAUGGCAAGGCAAGUGAAGGCAAGCAACUGGCAAGCACAGCUUCAACAACAGCAACAGCAGCACAUCCAGAGUAGAGCAAGGAAUAAUAAUGUUGUUGGGGUUAGACCCUUGGGGUUGCCUCAGUCUUCAUGGCCUCCUCUUCAAGUUCAAUCUCAGCAGCAGCAGCAGCCUCAGCACAACUCUGGUUCUGGCAUGAGAGCUAUGUUUCUCAGUGGAUCUGGUAGCGUUAAAAGAGAGUGUGCUGGAACUGGUGUCUUCUUGCCUCGUAGAUAUGGCAACCCUCCCGAACCUCGCAAGAAAUCAGGUUGCUCAACAGUUCUACUCCCAGCAAAGGUUGUUCAGGCUCUGAAUCUGAACUUUGAUGAUACUAAUGGUCAUGUUCAGCCACAUAUCAAUCCCAGCUUUGCAUCAAACUAUGAUGCUUUGUUGGCCAGAAGAAAUGCACUCUCGACACAAGCAAGGAGAGGUUAUAGACCAGAGGGAGGCUUAAAUCAUGAAAUACAUCUCCCCCAGGAGUGGACUUAUUGACCACCCUCCCUGGGAAAAAAAUUUAGUCCAAAAAAAUUUCACAUUCUCUCAACAGAGUGUUUGUUUUGUUGGAGAAUUGCGAGUAUAGUAGGGUAAUUUAGCAAGUUUCUGAUAGGUAUAUGGUAUUUUGGUUUAUAUAAGGAAAGGAAUUCAAGAAUGUGAGUGUAGUUUAGGAACCAAUAAAAGAGUAUUUAUAACAAAUCCUGGGCUUUUUUUUCUUUUUUAUUCAAGGAGAUUUCCAGAUUGCAGCGUUGGGGAUUAGCUUAUAUAAGUAGAACAUAAUAGGAACAAAUGGGGGAGAAGGGCAUGGUUUUUUGUUGUUCUUGUUGUAAUAAGGUGGGGUUUUUUUCCUUCUUCUAGUUCAUAGGGGGGGGGGGGAUUGUAUUGGACUUUGUCUUUGAAAUUUGGAUUUUUACAAGAAAAAAUCCACAAACCCUCUCUGUAAUAUCCCUUGGCAGUUAAAUAUUUACUAAUAAGAAUUCUAUUUAUUAUCCAAA